AUGGGGAAGUUCUCGAAAUACGACUGGGGCAAAUUCGCUUCAUUGGAGAAUUUGAGUUGUCGUGUUCGAUCCGGUUGUCGUGAUCAUCCACCAUGGCCUGAGGGUAUUUGCACCAAAUGUCAACCGAGUCCGGUCACCUUGGAAAUUCAACCGUAUCGUCACGUAGACUAUGUGCAAUUCGAGAACGGGCAAAUAAUGGAAACGUUUUUGGACUUUUGGCGCCAGACCGGCCGACAACGAAUCGGCCUACUAUUAGGUCGUUACGCACAUUUCGACACGGCCGGUUCACCCCCGUUGGCUAUCAAAGCAGUGGUUGCUGCAAUCUACGAACCGGCACAGGAGUCCACGCCACGUUCGGUCAAACUGACUGAUCCGCUGGAUGCCCUAAUGCCGAAACGUACAGUAGAGGUCGCCCGACGCUUGGGACUUCGCCCGGUGGGUUGGAUUUUCACGGAUCUCGUUGCAGAGGAGCAACCAAAUCGGGGUGAAGUGCAGCAUUUCCGAGGCACAAUGUACCAGAGCAAAGCAAAACAGGCUGUCUAUCUUAAGGGAAUGGGCUGUGAGAAGCUGCAUACCUCUUCGGCGUUUCUGUGA